GGAGCUUUGGCAGGAGUUGACUGUGCGUGGCUCGCGCUGCUGCUGUGUGAGUGGAGUUUACCUCAGGACGCGAACCGAACCGAGCCGAGCCGAAGAGCUCUCCGGAACCGAGCGAAAGAAGAAACAAAGCACCUAUAUGGAGUGAUACGAGAAGGAUAGAAGAGUGUCUACGACCUCAAACACACCUGGUGUUGAGUUUUAGGGUUGUUUUUUGGGUUUUUUUUCGGAAGUUUGUGAGCGUCAUGUCCCAAAGAGUUCGGAAAAACGGCUCGCCGACGUCCAACUGCAGCUCGGUGAGCGGCGGAAGUUCGAGCGGAACCUCGGGUCUGAGCGCCGGGGUGAGUUUACUGAGCCGCCUGCUGCCUAUGAAAGCCACCGUGCCGUUCCAGCUCAAAGCACAGCCACAGCUCCCCCUAGCGGCCAGGAUGGCGCUGUCCAACGGAGGAGGAGGAGGAAAUAAUGCAAACAUUAAAUGCAGCGGAUGCGACGCAGCCGGAAGUCGUCUGUGCGCCCCUUCUCGCUCUGCUUCCUCAUCUUCCUCUUCCUCCUGCGCCGCUUUGAGUCCGUCCUCAUCUCCUACAUGUCCCUCUUCUUCUUCUUCCUUGGCCCUCAGAAGCAGUUCUCCUGUGUCUCCUCACACACAGGUCAGUGUGGCAUCACUGGCUCAUCCCAGCGUGCCUUCCUCCCUGUCUGCUGGCUCUCACUUAUCCUCAUCCUCCUCAUCCUCAUCCUCAUCCGUGCUGCUCAGCUCACUGACGGACACUUUGGUGCUCACAGCCGCCUCACAUCCUUCAACAUCUUCCCCCUCUUGUGGGCACAGGGGCAAAGCCCUGGCAUCUUCGCAGCACGGCUCACCUGAAAAUGACAGACUGUCACCUGAGAGGAUAAGCCCGAGCUCACCUGUGCACAAAGAAAGGUGCAGAGUUUCACUGGCUGGUCCAGUGGGAAGCAGCAGCAGCAGUGCCAGUAUCCGCCGGACUUCCUCCCUGGAUGCCCUCACCGGCCCUUAUCUGUCAGGCCACUGGCCCCGGGAUGCCACCCACACCCCUUAUGUUCCCUGCAUGAGAGACAAAGCCACCCAGACCCCCAGUGCCUGGGCGGAUGAAAGCGAGGAGAAGAGGCGGAGCUCUCACCAGCGCUCAGCGUCCUGGGGCAGCACUGACCAGCUUAAAGAGAUCGCGAAGUUGAGGCAGCAGCUCCAACGCAGUAAGCACAUCAGUCGGCACCAUCGCGAUAAGGAGCGCAAAUCCCCCUUCAAUGGCAACCAUGCCGCCAUUAACCAAUCACAGGCUCCCAUCCCAAAGAGCAUCCUGAUCCCCAUCCCCAUCUCCAAAUCCUCUGUCUCACGCUUCCGCAACAGCAUCGAGGGCCUCAACCAGGAGAUCGAGCGCAUCAUUAUCCGAGACUCAGGAGACAAAGACGAACAGUUUCUUCCUCAGGAUGCCCCUGAUGGGCACCGUGCGCCUCCUCCGCAGUGCCAGCGCAGCGCCAGCUCCCGCAGCAUCGACACACAGACGCCCUCAGGCAUCACUGUGGGCAGCAGCCAUAGCGACAGCAGCAGCCGAUCCCAGUCUGUCUCGCCCGCCUUUCUGAGCGUGCCCAGUGAACCCUGCAGUGACAGCCCCUCUCCCAAUGAGGAACCAGUCAGUGACUGUCGUGAUAAAGAUUUGACUCCUGGAUCUCCUCUGCCCAAGUAUGCAUCUUCUCCUAAGCCCAACAACAGCUACAUGUUCAAACGUGAGCCUCCUGAGGGCUGCGAGCGUGUCAAGGUCUUCACUGAGGAAACACAGGCCAAACCUCCGCAUGAGAUCCCGCAGUUCCUGUGCCCAGACAGAAACAAGGUCAACUUCAUCCCCAACAGCGGCUCAGCGUUCUGCCUGGUCAGCAUUCUCAAACCGCACGGUCUGGGCGUCCCCGCUGAGGCCGAACAGAGAGUGUCCCGCGGCACCAGCACCCUGUCCCAGUAGCCUUCCUCCUCUUUCUCGUCCUCAUCCUGCCUCACACCACAUGUAGGAGACACAGAGAGCUUGAUAUGCAAUCAAUCAACCAAUCAAGUUUCCUGGCAAUCCUGUCCCCUCCCCCUCCAAACUAAGCACAGCACACGUUAUAACUCAAAAGAAAAAAAAAAAAAAACGUCAAACAACACAAGAAAAGAAAACGUAGGGCUCUAUUUUGGUAACACUGCUUAUAUUUGAUAAGAUAAUGACAUUUGCGAUUUGCUAUGCAGCUUUUUAGGUCAGUACUUGUACUACUUAAGGACCAGGAGGACAAGUUUUUGUGAGGGUUUGUGAUAAGCAUAGAUAUAUUUUUAUCGUUUCUCUACCUUUUGAUAGAUAUGAGUGAGUGGAGACAUGUGGACGAAUAUUUUGUAUCUCUUAUAGGACACACACACAAAGAGAGCAUCCGCUCACGUUUAGCGUUCUUCCUUAUUCACUCGGAGCAUGAGGCUUGAGAGAUUGAGAAAUUGUAUCGUUUUCUAAUAGCUUGCAGUGUAUCUCUGUUAGAGAACUGGAUUUUUCAUUUAGGUAGAACCAGUGCAUCAUUGAAUACAAAUGAUAUCUGAAUAUUUUGGAUGAUCUGACAAGACCAAGAGACCUGGUAUGUAGAAACUGGGUUUAUGAAGGCCUCUGUCUUAGUGAGUGUUUUCUGGCCUGCGCCCUCCUGUGUGUUUGGACCAUGAGGCGGACAGCAGGAAAGACAGGCUGAACUCCGCUGGCCUUUUACACCCCCUCACCCCAAACCCUGCCCGCCCUCCCCCGUGGUCUGUGAGAGGAACAGAAAGUGCGGAGAAGAAAAGAAGAGAGCGAGUGCAUUCUGUGCUUCGUGUUUGUGUGUGUGACGCGCUCUGAUUCGGCGCUGAAGGCUGGCAGGCGACAGGAGCACAAGAACUCGGCAAACAGCAUGCAUUCGUUCGUGUGGCCGUAGAGCACAUUUCAGAUUAAUUUGGGUCCAAAUGCUGAACUUCAAACACAUCAGGGAACAAAGAGUGUGUGUGUGAGAGAAAAGAAGAGAGAUGCCAUGUUGAGCGUAUGAUGAAUUAAAUGCGUGCGAGCGAGCGUGUAUCCUCUCUUCUCAUUCACUGACCGAUGAGGCGGAGACUGUUGAACCGAGGGUGCUGCGACGCUGAGAGAGAAAAUCCGGAAGAUGAAAUUGCAUCAAAUGGAUAUUUAAUGUCACGUGACUUUUGCUUUAAACUGUAUUUAGUGAACAGUUUGAAUGACUUGGACUGUGUUGGAUUUUCACUGUCAAAUCACAAUUAAUUAUAAUAAUAAAUUAGUCCAAAAGGUGUAGAAAACUUAAAUUUAUAUCCAGGAUGCUUCAUAUGGAUCAUAUUAACUGAAAAGUGCACCAUGAUUUCAUACAUUGUGUUUAGAAAGGUAACAGUCAUACCUUUAGUCACGGUUCACAAUCCACACUUCUGCGUGCAAUCCACCUGCUUUCAGUUUUCGUAUCUCUCAGAAAUGACGAAAAACAAAACAAUCAAAGUCUUUCGUAGUCAUUCCCCGUCUGUGGCUGCUUUCUGGCCACAUCAUCUCCCUCGGUAUCGUAGAGCUGACUGUCAUAAUAAACACUGCUUGCCAAGUGUGUGUCAUUCAUGCUCUCGUACUAUGUGCUGUAGGCAUUUUAUUUUGUACUGUGUGUGUUUAUGUUAGCAGUGUCACUGUUGUAAUCAACGACUGGCUGAAAGGUAAUAAGAACAGGCUGUUAUGAUCACUCUGUAAUCCUGUCCAAAGAAAAUGGCUGCUGUUGAAGCUAGGAGGAAGAGUGAAGCGGCAUAGAACAAUGAUUCAGAGACGGUUUACUGUUCCGCAGUUUCAGUAAAAACAGUAAUCAUCAGGCUCAAACCUGUGUAAAGUUCGAAUGAAGACCAAAGCCGUGGAGUGCCUGCUUCAGUUCGUCACGCUAGUGGCUUGGUUUCUGACCUUCAUUUGUUCCCUUGUUUAUUGAGCAGGCCUGGAUUUGGGCUCAAGCUCAUGGGUGGAGCCCAACACAUUUCUGUAGUAUUGGGGUCCGUUUUUGUUAGGUUUUUUGUUGUUGUUGUUCUUGUUGUUCACAACUGUUAAGGUAUUAUUUUGUGCUUUAAAUAAAAUAAAUAAUGAACUUGAAAAAAAAAUAAUUGUCGCACUUUUUGCCAGUGUUGCAGAUCAAUUAGGCCCCACGUGGCUUAUAGCUUUGAACACCGACCAUUUCUAACUAUUGUAUUACAAGGUCUUAAUCAUCUGAAAUCAGCUGAUGGUUACCGCUGUAGGUCUGUACUCAGGAAUGUACGAACAUUAAGCUCUUCCCAACAACUACAAAAUAUUAACAGUUCUCUGUUUGGAAUAUUGAUGAUGUAUCUGCUUAGUAUAUGUGCCUAUAUUUAAGUAGAGUAUGCUCAGUGUAGAGACAAUUUUAAUGCAUUUUUAUAAGAACGGUGGCCUUCAUUUUCUCUUUCUGAUUAGUGUAUUUGUUAGUUUGAAAGAAACGAGGUGAAUGAGAGUGACAUGGUUCGGUCACAUUUCCACACUCGUACACACUUGGAGAAACUAGAAAAGAUGAUCAGAUUAGACUCGUGUUUUAGAGUGUUCUAUUCAUGUUGCACAUUUAGGUCUGCUCAGAUACAGCUUCAACACUGUUGUGUAGGCCUCUGAUCUCUUACUCUGUGUCAGAUGUCUGUUCUGUUCGUUUUAUUCCCAUACAGUUCAUGUACUCCGUAAUGUUCCUCUGGCUGUAUGUAACUGAAAAAUAAAAUAAAGUUGCAGCUGCUCCAAAUACAAA